AUGGACCCCCAUACCAGUGCUCAGGAUGUGAUGCGAUGUGACCUGUGUGAGGACGCUGUGGCACAGAUGCACUGUGAUAGAUGUGUUGUCAACCUGUGUACGGCUUGUGUAGGACAACACAUGAUAUCUGAUGAAUCCAAGGAUCACAAAGUCGUCAAAUUUAAGGACAGGAAAUCCACCCCCCAAUACCCUGAAUGCAAAUCUCAUGCCGAUGAACGAUGUGAGAUGUACUGUAAACAAUGUGACAUUCCUGUCUGCAUUACCUGUGUUGCUCUUAAUCAACAUUUAGGUCAUGAAUUAUCUAAAAUCUUACAAGUUUUGGAAGAAAAGAAGGGCAUGUUUACAAAAGAAAGAAUUGAAUUAAAGGACACAAUUUUUCCAGCCUACAAGGAUAUUGCAUCUGAUAAGCUUAAAGCUAACGUUGAUGAGAUGAAAAACACACAGUUACAACCUCUACAGAAACAUUUUGAUGAAAUAAACAAGAUGAUGUCUGUCAUCAAGGAUGAAAUCAAUUCAAUGGAAACUGCAAUAAAUACUAAUGACAUAUCGAGACUACUGAGUAUCACAUCCAAUGUACAUAUAUACAGAAACCUUCCGCAAAAAAUUAUACCAUCUUUAGCCAAAUUCAUUCCAGGAAAAAUCCAAGGAAAUGAAUUAAGUAAAGCUUUUGGAACCUUAUCAUCAAGUUUAACUUCAGAUAAACAUGGCUGUAGCAUGAGAACAAGGAAGAAAUCACCAGAAGCUGGAUCCUCUCCUCCAGUCAAAUUGCUGCUUGAUGAACCAGAGACCAUCACCACCAUAGACACUGGGUAUGGAGAACUUAACAAUGUGGCCUGUCUGAGUGAUGAAGAAAUCUGGACAAGUGAAAAUAACAACACCAUGAAACUCUACAGCAUAAAUCAGGGAUCACUACUCAAGUCAAUCACAACCAAGUCAUGGAAGAGACCAUCCAACAUAGCAGUGACAGAAAGUGGAGAUCUAUUUGAUGAUAAAGGUAAACCUCUCUAUUUAUCUGGUCCCUUUUGGAUGGGAAGCAUGUACAUUACUGAGAACAGGAACCUCGAUAUAUGUGUGGCUGAUAGUGAAGCUAAAGCAGUUGUUGUGGUCAAUCAGGCCGGGAAACUGAGAUUCAGGUACACUGGACAUACUCCUGCUCCAAAGAAUGAACCAUUCAGUCCACGAGGAAUCACCUCAGACAGUCAGAGUCACAUCCUUACAGCUGAUGGUAACAACCACUGUGUCGACAUCAUAGACCAGGAUGGACAAUUCCUCCGUUACAGAUAUCUCUUUAACAAGGUCAACCAUCGUGACCUCUGGGUCGAGGGCAAUCACGAAGACGGAUAUCUGUUUGGACUGGACAAUCUAAUCACCAUACUGGACGAAGUAGAGAGAGAACUGUUGAACGUAGAAGACACAGAGAAAUCUAGUGCUCCUAGCGAAUAG